AUGUCUAGUACGGUUCGCGGCAACUCUGAUCCCUCCUUUGUGUUUCCUACCGCAAUCGCGACAAGAGGGCCUGUACAGCAGCCGUCACGGUCAGGUCCAGCAGUUCCACCACGACCAGGUAACCUCGCGUCCAAGCGCGGAGUAGAGGACCUCGACUUCUUCAUCGGCGACGAGGCACUCGCAAACGCGCAGACGCCAGGUUAUGGCGUGUACUAUCCCAUUCGUCAUGGCCAGAUCGAGAACUGGGAUCACAUGGAGCGGUACUGGGAGCAGACGAUCUUCAAGUAUCUCCGGGCUGAGCCUGAGGACCACUACUUCUUACUGACCGAACCCCCACUCAAUGCACCUGAGAAUCGUGAACAGACUGCCGAGAUAUUCUUCGAGUCUUUCAACAUCAAGGGCCUUUACAUCGCCGUGCAGGCCGUGCUCGCGCUCGCGGCCUCCUGGACGUCCAGCCGCGUCAACGAGCGCACGCUCACCGGCACAGUCAUCGACUCCGGCGAUGGUGUCACGCACGUCAUCCCCUGCGCGGAGGGCUACGUUAUCGGCAGCGCGAUCAAGCACAUCCCCAUUGCCGGCCGCGACAUCACGCAGUUCGUGCUGAAUCUGAUGCGCGAGCGCGGCGAGAUGGCUACGGUCCCGCCGGAGGACCAGAUGAAGGUCGCCGGGAAAGUGAAGGAGAACUUCAGCUAUGUGUGCCAGGACAUCGUCAGGGAGUUCAGGAAGUUCGACGAGGAGCCGUAUAAGUACUUUGAGCGGUUUGACGGCGAACAUACUGUCACCGGCAGAAAAUACUCGGUGGACGUUGGCUACGAGCGUUUCCUCGCACCCGAGAUCUUCUUCAACCCUGAAAUCAACUCUCCGACUUCCUGA